AUGGAUGCUGAUAAGUAUGUGGCUGGAUCAAGAGACCAGCUCAGUGUCAAGCCUGGACUCUGUGCUGAUGACACUAGUGACAAGUGCCUGAGUGAUAACAUCCUGCAAUGGAUAAGCUCUGCUAAGCCAGGCAUUUUGGAAAGCUUAGCUAAAAUGCUAUCUCUGACUGUCAGUGAACCAACUAUAACUGAUGGGUCUGGCUGGCUUGCUGAGAGCAAUGAAUCAGAUCCAAACUACUCCGGUGUUCCCUGGUGCCAUAUCCAGCUGCAGACAGACACAGGAGUGACUGGCUUGAAAGGGUACAAAGGUAACUGUGUCUCAUAUGUUCAUGAGGCCCCUGGAAGUGUGAGACACCAGAAGGGGAACAUUUGCAAUAGCUCAGCUCCACCUGUUCUCCUUGUCAAAGGCCCCUCAGUGCAGCUCACCCAGCCUGGCCUCAGCCUGUGCCCGCUGUUUACUGUGACUGUCAUCAGGCACAUGGAGGCCCAAACAAAGGGGGGUCUGUUCCUAUUAUCCUGCCCAGGAUUGUCAGCCCCUCUCUGGGCACAGACCAAGCCAAGGGCUGGGGGUUGUUGGAGCAGCACCGGGGGGUUUGACCUCGCCAACCUUACAGCAAGGGUGAGAGAGCAAGAGAGUGAGUCACACUGCGCCUCCUCAGAACUUGUUCGUGUCUCUCCCGGUGUCUGCGCAGCCUCCUCUCUGCAGUUGCAGGCUGCACUACAGUUGGUAGCUGUUGUGUGGAUGAGGACAGAGAGUUUCGGCGAACAGAAUUGGGCGCAAUUACGCACGGCGAGUACCAUGGCACCGAUUUUGGAUAGACGUGCUCCGGCUUUGCUCUUGGUUUGGAGCUACUGCGUGCUGGCGGAUACCGCUUUUACGAACUUUACUUUGGACAACGAGUUCCACUCCAGUUUCAUCCACCGCCGACUGAAGAGCCAGGAGCGCAGAGAGAUGCAGCGGGAGAUCCUGUCUAUCCUGGGGCUGCCGCACCGGCCGCGACCCCACCUCCACGGAAAGCACAACGCUGCCCCGAUGUUUAUGUUGGACUUGUACAACGCUAUGUCCAUAGAGGGGGACGAGGACAGAUACUCCUAUCCCUACAAGCCCGUCUUCACCACCCAGGGGCCCCCAAUAGCCAGCCUGCAAGACAACAACUUCUUGAACGACGCUGACAUGGUCAUGAGCUUUGUCAAUUUGGUGGAACACGAUAAGGAAUUCCUACCAGUCCGGCGGCAUCACAGAGAGUUCAGAUUCGACCUAUCACGGAUACCGGAGGGUGAGGCGGUCACUGCUGCUGAGUUUCGUAUAUAUAAAGACUUCAUACACGAACGAUUUGAUAACGAGACCUUCCGCAUCAGCAUCUACCAGGUGUUAGAGGAACACACUGAUAGGGAGUCGGACUUGUUUCUGCUGGACUCCCGGGUGAUCUGGGCAGCAGAGGAGGGCUGGUUGGUGUUUGACGUGACAGCCACUAGUAACCACUGGGUCCUGAACCCUGGCAGGAACCUGGGUCUGCAGCUCGCCCUGGAGACCACAAAUGGAGAGAGCAUCAAUCCUCGUGUGGCCGGGCUGAUUGGUCGCAGUGGGCCUCAGAAUAAACAGCCCUUCAUGGUGGCCUUCUUCAAAGCCACUGAGGUGCACCUGCGAAGCAUCCGCUCAGCACAGGGAGGGGCCAAACAGCGUAACCCCAAUCGCUCCAAAGGGACAAAGAGCCAAGAGGCACUGAGAGUGGCCAAUGUUGCAGAAAACAGCAGUACUGAUCAGAAGCAGGCGUGUAAGAAGCACGAGCUCUACGUCAGUUUCAGGGACUUGGGGUGGCAGGACUGGAUCAUUGCUCCAGAGGGAUAUGCGGCGUACUAUUGUGAGGGAGAGUGUGCCUUCCCGUUGAACUCCUACAUGAACGCCACAAACCAUGCCAUUGUGCAAACCCUUGUUCAUUUUAUCAACCCGGAGACGGUCCCUAAGCCGUGCUGUGCCCCCACACAGCUCCACGCCAUCUCAGUGCUCUACUUCGAUGACAGCUCCAACGUCAUCCUCAAGAAAUACCGCAACAUGGUGGUCAGAGCCUGUGGCUGCCAUUAGACUGUCAGCAUCCUCACGCAGAGACACACACAUGUGCACACACGAGUAGAAAGGGCUUCUUCUUCUUCUUCCUCUUCUUCUUAUUGCCAUUUGAAUCAGUGAGAAUGGAUUUCAAACUAAAGUACAUGCAUUUUAUGAACAUUCGGCGAGUUUGAGACAGUCUCCUGAGGGGAAGAUUCUGUCGUUACAUUUUUUUUCUACAGCUGUCCUGAAGUAAAAACGAUGUGGCUGAAAAGGAAUUUCAAUCAAUUUUAGAGUCCUCGCCACAAGUGCACGCCCACGGACAAACAAACACGCACACACACACUCACGUUUGUGCUUUCUACUGUGUAUACAAGACAUUAAAAGCAGUGAUUGUACUGUAUAUUCAUUCACAGUCGACAAUCUUUUGUUUAAUUCAGUAAUUGUUAUUGUAGUUGAUUCUUUUUAUUGUAGAUUUUACUAUAUAUAUAUUUUUAUGACUGAGAGACCCGGAUGGAUGUUCUGAAUU